GUUACCAAACCUGAUCGUUUUGAUAGCGUGUGGUUUGGGAGUGACAGAGGCCAGAGAAGGACAGAAGAUGACCAGACAAAUCAACAUUAAACACAGUAAUAUUUACAUUCAUGAAUUAGGUCAGUUCUGAGUCGGUGUGAGUAGGCAGGCCAAACCCAUCUGGGAAAGAAAUGAUGGACAGUUAUCCCAGAUUAUACAAAAGUAAAAAAAAAAAAAAAAAAAAAAAAAAAAAUAGAAAAGGUGAUCAAAUGCAUAAAAAUUAUAAUAAUCAUUUUUUAAAAAGUUAUGCUGGGGAUCAUCUCAUUCUAUUCAGUAAUUUAUAUUAUCUCAUUUUCAUUGUAGGCAAUGUAACUUUGCUGGCAGAAAACUAUGUUUUGUUGUUUUCUUUUGUAAGCCAAUGCCACUUGCUAUCAUUAAUAACCAGAUAAUUCAUCUGUUUACCGUCUUCUGAGCAUUGACAACCGAAUUCAUUUUCUUUUUAAAUGUGUAAACUAGUGUAUUUUUUAAGUUCAAUUUGAAUCAAGUCAAAUGAUUUCAAAACGACCGUUCCCCCUAUUGCCAGCAGGUGGCGAGACUGCGGCGUUUAUCCAGGCUCCGAGAAGAAGAAGUCCGUUGUUGAACUGACCACCGUAGAAGAAGAAAGUAAGCCGGUAGCCGGAAGUUUCGCAGCACAACCCCUCGUGCUCGCCGCUCGUGGCUGCUGUCGUUAUCACGGGUUAAACUCAGUUCAGAUCUUGGUUCUCCAAUAAGAUUCAGCCGUUACUGUUGAAUGCGGCGUGGCUGACAGACGAGCCGCCAUCAUGGCAGCGGGCAGACUGACCUUCAGGAACAUCACCGCCCUGGCUCCCAUGGUCCGGGUGGGAACUCUGCCCAUGAGGCUGCUGGCUCUGGACUAUGGAGCUGAUGUUGUGUACUGUGAGGAGCUGAUUGACAUCAAAAUGGCUCAGUGUCGGAGGACAGUUAACGAGGUUUUGGAUACGGUGGAUUUUGUGGCUCCAGAUGAUCGAGUGAUGUUCAGAACCUGCAGGAAGGAGAAGGACAGAGUCGUCUUCCAGAUGGGAACAGCCGACCCAGACAGAGCGCUGGCUGUGGCCCGACUGGUAGAGAAAGACGUCGCAGCCAUCGACGUGAACAUGGGCUGUCCAAAGGAGUACUCCACCAAGGGGGGCAUGGGAGCCGCUCUUCUGUCCAAUCCUGACAAGAUCGAAGCCAUCCUGAGGAAGCUGGUGUCCGGAGUGUCUGUUCCUGUGACGUGUAAAAUCCGAAUUCUCCCUACGCUGGAGGAGACGGUCGCUCUCGCACAGAGAAUCGAGAAAGUGGGCGUUGCUGCCAUUGCUGUGCACGGCAGGUUCAAGGAUGAGCGACCCCGACAUCCGGUCCACUGCGACUACAUCCAAGCAGUCGCUCAGGCCGUUUCCAUCCCCGUCAUUGCAAAUGGCGGUUCUCUGGAUCUGGUGAAGACCUAUGAGGACAUUGAGGAGUUUCGACGUGCAACAGGUGCCGCUUCGGUUAUGCUGGCUCGUGCCGCCAUGUGGAACGCAUCAGUGUUCAGCAGCCAGGGUCUUCUUCCUGUGGAGAGAGUCAUGGAGGAAUACUUAAAAUAUGCAAUCCGGUACGACAAUCACGCCUUCAACACAAAGUACUGCCUGUGUCAGAUGCUGAGAGACAAGGUGGAGUCACCUCUGGGGAAGCAGGUUCAGGCGGCGCAGACCAACGCGGAAAUCAGUGAGGCGUUGGGGCUGCAGGAGUUCUAUCGGCAGACUGAGGAGAAGCUGCAGACGAGGAGGGAGGCCGUCCAGAGCAGCAGCCCGCCCAGCAGUCCUGUGGUGGACGGAGACGUCGUCACCAUGGCCGUCAAAUUUGAGCGGAGAGAGUAUCCGCCUCAGAUCACACCAAAGAUGGUUCUGCUGGAGUGGAGCCGCAAGCAGAGGAUGGAGCAGCCGCUGUAUGAAACGGUGCAGCGCUCUCAGGAUCGAGCUUUCCAGUCCACCGUGACAGUGGAUGAGAAGAAAUACAGAUCUUCCCUCUGGGAAAAGUCAAAGAAGUUUGCAGAACAAGCUGCCGCCAUCGUCUGCCUGCGGUUUUUGGGGGUGCCAGAAGGUCGCAUUGGUGAAAAAGACUCUGAUCUCGUCUGCAAGAGGAAGAGGGAAAGCAAGACAAACGGCAGAACAGAAGAAGACAGGAGGAAGAAGCUGCAUGUGGCAGAUGUCCUACAAGAACUGGAAACUUCAGAGCAAAGGGGGAUGAAGGCUGGAAGUGAGAAAAUCAGCCGCAGCUCAGAAACGAGUGCAGACUGAAGCCUCUGAGUGAGGCUGACAGCAUUUUUUCUUUCCCAUCAUUUCCUGCUGAACAUUUCAUCCAGACGCUGAGGCGGAAUCCAACCUAAACUGGAGCGUUAGAUGAUGACUUUUGUUUUGGGGGUUUAACAUGUUUUCAGUAAAACUAAGAUCAGCUCGUCCACUUGAGCUCCUGUUUUUGCUUUAAUUUUCGUCAGUCUGGACUUUUUAAUUUGUACUCAAGCUGCCUGCUCUUCUAAGUUGGAGAUCUUAAUAAUAUUUCCUCACACAAGUUCAA